AUGGGUCAGUUGCAGUCUUGUUGCGUGGCCCGUGACGACCAAUCCUUCGUCGACGUCAGUUACAGCCGCUCCUGCUGCGAGCUGAACAACAGCCUGCUCGGCGAGGACGCGUUCUACAGGGACGCUUUCUUCGACUGCAACGAGGGAGACCGCUCCCACGACUGGCUCUUUGCGGCGGCGUGGGAACAGACGAGGCUGAAGUACAGGAAGGCCAGUAAUUUCAAGCAGUACGCAACUUGGAUUCUCGGCGAGAAGUUGGCGUGCUGGCUAUGGGGCAAGAGAUUCAGGCUUCCUGGGCAGCUUCCGCCUGCGGCACCCGCCUGUCACACGCAGGACAGGACCGUCGAGCCUUCUCCGUGCAUGGCCCCAGAAGACAGGAGCCGGAGCUCGCAGCGGAGCCUUGAGUGGCUCGGCAAGACGCUUCCCGAGUGGAGGGCCCAUGGGUUGCCGAGCGAGGGGCCCUUCUGGAAGAAGGGCGACGGUAAUGGCUUCAGGGUUCGCUGCGGCCCAGACUACCUGAAGACGGGCCAGAAGUGCGACUCGGCUGGCAGUCUCUACGAUGCUAUUUAUUGCGAUGCCCUCAAGGCUGACACGAAGAUCACAGACAUCAUGGGCCGCAUCGUCAGUCUGUCCGAUCUUCCGAAUCCCGACAGGUCAGAGGGCGACAGGUCGGGCGGUCAGCUAGACUGGAAGAAGGAGUUAGGUGUGCCGCGGAUUCUGUGCAUCAACUUGAUGCUCCCCUACCAGACUGGCAUCCUCGGCAGAGGCAGGAAGGACGAGGGCUGCAGCUUCGUCGGCAUCUUCCAGAUAUCGCCGAAGUCGCUUGUCGCCGCCAGCAAUGGCAAAAUGUCCGCCAGCCUCAAGCUCUGGCAGCAGUUCUGCGCAGGCCCGUGCGGGGCUCCUGGGGAGACGGGCAGCAAGGACCGUUCUCUCGCUGCGCGGGUUGCAAAGGGGAUCAAGAAGGACAGGCAGAGCGGGCUCUUCAAAGCGGUGGCGAAGUGCGUCAACCCGGGGGAUGUUCACGUGCCAGACCUUUUCCAUACCUACAACGGGAAGCCGUGCCUCAUCACCAACUGCGGCUACAUCGUCAAGGAUCCAGACGGAGAGUGGCUUGAGGUUGGCAUCGACGUGCGCGGCUUCAAUGCCCUCGCACGGAGCAUGCUUUGUCAGUUCCGUGGCAGGUUGCCCAUCUGUAAGAUCCACUAUGGGUUCUGCAUCCAGAGCGUGGAGGACGACGAGAUGCCCGAAGGACUGCUGUGCGACAUGUACGUCUGCGGCGUCGACGUGAUCAGCGACCCGGUCCCCAUCCGCGGCUAA